GUCCUUCCUGGCGGGAAGUGACGGAGCCGCUCCGAGGGAAGUGACGCGCGAGGCGUGCGGGCCCGGACCGGUGUGGGGGGGGCUCGGACAAGAUGGCCGGAUCCACAGUUAAAGUACCUCGUAAUUUUCGCUUGUUGGAAGAACUUGAAGAAGGGCAGAAGGGAGUAGGUGAUGGUACAGUAAGCUGGGGCCUUGAAGAUGAUGAAGAUAUGACGCUCACCAGAUGGACAGGAAUGAUUAUUGGGCCACCAAGGACAAACUAUGAAAACAGAAUAUACAGUCUGAAAGUAGAGUGUGGACCUAAAUACCCAGAAGCACCUCCUACAGUUAGAUUUGUAACUAAAAUUAAUAUGAAUGGAAUAAAUAAUUCCAAUGGAAUGGUGGAUGCACGGAGCAUACCAGUCUUAGCAAAAUGGCAAAAUUCAUAUAGCAUUAAAGUUGUACUUCAAGAGCUAAGACGUCUAAUGAUGUCCAAAGAAAAUAUGAAGCUUCCACAACCUCCAGAGGGACAAACUUACAAUAAUUAAUUUUAGCUGAUUCUCAAACUUCUGUCUUAAAACAACAACCUUCUACUCAUGUAAUGUCUUGAUUAAAUCUCACAAUGCAAACACCCACACAUUAAAGAAUUUCAGCUGGUAUACAUGACCUGGACAUUUGUAAGAAUAUAUAUAAUAUAUGUAUGCCCAAUAUGUUUUCAGGCACUAUGGGAGAAAAAGGCAGCACAAUUAUUUUUUUUCUCUUAUUGAGGCACUGUCAUUUAAGCGUAAGCCUGAAAUAGCCUAUACUUGGAAUUCAGGUUUUACAAGAUGAAAGCAUGACAGAAAGUGUCAGAUUGCUGUGGAAUAAUAUAUGUUACUGAAAAUAAUUUCUGGAGAAGGCAAAAUAUAAAUGGCAUGCUUUAUCCAUCUUGCUUAGUAAAAGAGCUGCAGUUAAAUUUGUUUUAAGGUAGCAGGUACAGUGAAUACCGUUGCUCAUCUUGUUUAAUUUUGCAAGGGUGUGGGUGCCGACUACUAGUAGUGUCACAAAGUAUGUUCAGGAUUGUUUUGAUACCUGUAUUUAUAAAAUGGGGGGAUUAAUUUCUGUUAAGCAGCUCCUGUGUUACAUGUAUUGGACAUGGCAAAUAUUUGUUUACAGUCUUUGUUCUAAUAAACCAUGCAUUUAAGUUUUAGUGAAACAAAGGAAAUGUAUGGAUAUGUGAUUGAGAUUAAAGUUAGUCUUAAAAUGUAAAUAAAAUGUGGAAAGUGUCUGAGGCUGUGCCAUUUCUAUAAUAGUCAUGUAAUAUAUGUACAGUAACUGGCAGAAGUAGUGGAAAGCCAAACAUAAUAUUGCUGCUGGUGUUACGUGCACCUUUUGUUCUUAUCACUUUUGUAUCGUUAGUUUACUUGAGAGGUCAAGAUAUUCCAUAUGUUGCAGGGGAGUAAGUUCUGUUACCUGUAGUAUCAGUUCUUUAGACAAACUUGCACUCUGUGUGUGUGUAUAUAAAAUAGUUAAAAAAAAACAACCAAACACCAAACCAACCCCAAAAUAAAAACAAACAAAACUCACUUGCCUACUCAUCUUCCCUUUAGUUCCCCUCCAGAUUCUUUCAAGAAAUGAGCAUAACUUUCACUUUGCUUACUUGACCUCUAAGCAGUUUUCAGAUCACAUUGCUGAAGUUUGUCCUACUUCUCAGUCCUUUGUCUUGCUUUCUUGCAUCUUUUCCUCUUUUAUGUUACUUGCCUUUUUUUUCUUGUCUGUUCCGCUUUUGCCUUUUCUGAAACACACAAAAAAGAAACUUCAGGAAGCUUUACUAAAAAUCACACCUGUGCUACAGAUCAUCAUAUUUCCAUCUGCUUAACAUGAAUCAUUUGUUGUGAUGCCACUGUUUGUAGCUAGAAGCUUUCUGCCUUUCCUGCAGUCCUUAGUCUGUUUUUUCAGUGUAUUCUGUCUGGUGGGAACACUGGUUUUAUUUCUGUUACUGAUUUCUCAUAGGCAAGUAAUUAAUGCUAUUCUUGUGGAUAUUACACCUUCUUUCCCUGCCCCUCACCUUGGAGAAUACAAACCUUUGUUCAUUUUUGUGAGAAUAUGUAACAUUGGGAGUGAGUCAGCUGUUUGCAUUCAAAGUUUUAUUUAGUGGUUAUUUUGAAAAAGUGGAUAUAAGCAAAAGCCAUCAACAUCUAGGUAACUUUCUUUGAUAAGACUUUGUUUCUGAUGUAAACAAUGAAAAGCAAUAAACUAGGUAUUUUUUUUUUUUUUUAAGGGAAGGGGUUGAUUGAGAUUUGUCAAUUUAUGCUUUUUAGACAAAUUGGGCACUUCCAGAAUUGGUGGAUUUAUAGCUGCCAGCUACCUCGUGUCUGUAUUUAUAUAUCAUUUGUGAUGGUUUGGCUGAAGUGCAUUGCAACAUUUUUUUUCCCUUGUUUUAAUUUGAAUGAUUUUGAUGCCAUUAAAUCUUCUUUCUGACACUAACACUGCUAAGCUAUAAUUAAUUAAAAUAAUGGAACUGUACAGUUCUGAGAUGUGAAUUUUUGGGAAGAUAACAAAAACUGUUGAGCGAAUGCUUGUAGACUAUUACUUGGUAACAUACUUUAAGAGACUGGCUUAUUCACAGAGCAUGAAGAAGAGCCUAUUGUUUGCAUGGUUGUGUGUGGUGCAAGGUGAUCCUGUAAUAGUCUGUCCAUUUGUAUAGCUGAGAAUCUGCAUAUCCAGCUCUAAACAGAUGCAUUUUGCAGAAGGAAAAAUUGGUUCUGGAGGGAGUUAAGCUGAUCUCUGACACUGGAGUAUGUAAUACACCGAUGACUAUAAAAAUAUUCCUGCAGUGA